GUCAUUGAACUUCCAUCCUUAUUUUGGUUACCAUUUAUAUAUAUAUAAAUAACUUAAAAGUUAAGUUCGGUUUGUUAUUCGAUCUUCAUUUCAAUUUCCAUUUCCAUUUUUCUACUGCGUAACAGUAACAAUAUUGCAGCGGGUUGGUUAUUCUGACUGCUCCUCUCGACUUGAGACUGCAGCAAAAGCUACAAAGAUCUCUCAUCCUCCCCGUCUUUCUUUCCUCUCCUUCUUCCAUUGCACUUGCAUGUAAUGAACAGUCUGAGCUUUGUAUUUGGUACGUCUCAGUCUCAGCUCCCACGCAUCGAUGCCCACUACUGGCAUCAUUCUUGCCCUCCGAUCUCAUGCUCCAUUCGUAAUCAGAAUCCUGCCAAUAGACGCUCCCACGCCGCCAAAUCUAAACUCAAAUUCAAGCCCAAACCCUCCUCCUCUGCCUCUGAUCGGAACCUUCAUAUCGUUAUCGACCCUGCUUACCUCUCCCACCAAGUCUCCUCAUCGAUACAGCAACUCUUCUGCGCAUCGCACUCCAAGUUUCGUCACUUUGUGUUCUCCAGCAAAGAGGCUUUUGAAGAUCUGCAGACGAUGGUCUCCAUCGAUCGUGAUCGGCGAGUCGUCAUCUCCUGCCGCCGCUCUACGCUGGAAUUCGUCAGUUAUUUGAUUCUGUGGUGCUGUGCGAUUGUUCUUGCUUUUAGGGUUUUUGGGAAUUUGAGGGUAGGGUUUUGGAGUCGAUUCGAGCUUGGAUAUGGUGCCUUGGUUCGGAGGGACCGGAGUCUUGCGGGUCGAGAGGUUGUUGUGGGGAAGAAUAAGAAGAAUAAGGGUUUUUGGGUUAUGGGUAAUCCACUUUCUCCCGCACGAGGGACCGUCCCUGUAAUUUCAGAAAGGUUGCCUAUGAAACGGGCGAGGAUGGAGGAGAAGUUGCCAGGGUGGUGGCCCGUAUCGCUUCCAUCUCCGGUUAUGACAGGGAACAAGGAGGAGCAUCAAAGAGAGGCCAACAGAUUAAUUCGAGCAAUCAUGGAGCGUAGAAUGAGUGGAAAGGAUAUUUUGGAAGAUGAUAUAGUUCAAUUGCGUCAAAUAUGCAGGAAAUCUGGAGCAAGGGUAUCCUUUGACACAACCAAUACACGAGAUUCUUUCUAUCGCUUGUCUGUCGAAUUUGUCUUAAAUUUAUGCAGCCGUGCAACAGUUCCUUCUAGUUUUGUUCAAAUUGACGGUGAGGAUGCCUGCCAAUUUGUCGCAGGGCUUGCUGAUAGCAUAGGGAUUGAGCACAUUCGUGCUGCUAGAAUUGUGUCUGCAGGGGUGGCUGCACGUACACGUUCAUGUUUCUUACAAGCAUGGGCUUUGCAAAUGCAAGGUAGAAGUUCAGAAGCAGUAGCAGAGCUGUCAAAGAUAUGUCUUAUUCACCAUGUAUUUCCUCCUGAGGAGUCCUCUCCUGAGAUGGAGAUGGUGGCUCUUGGCCUGGAGAAACACUUAAAGGUAGACCAGAGAGAGUCUUUAAUGAAUAUGCUUGUUAGGACUUGUGGUGAGAACUGCCAUAGAAGUGCGGCAGAAGCUCUUGGUUUGGUCAGAGAUACAAAUUACGAAAAUGGUGUUUCCAAGAAUGGAGGUAAGAUUGUACACAUCUCACACUCGCUAGCUCCUAGAUGGCAUGUGGGAGCUUUGUGCAUUUUGUCUUCAUUGUUUUUUUGGGUGUACGUAUUGACCAUCUCCGUCCCCGUCCCUUAGGGACAUCCAACGGUUAAGGUUCGAGUUUUUUGCGUUUUCAAUCUCAAGUUCUAAUUUUGUGAGGGGUAGGAUUGUGAAAUAAAUCUAAGAUAAGAUAUGGAUUAUCACUGUUAUAUGGAUCAGACCGAAUGGGGCCUCUAAUGGUAUAGUAGACCCACAAAAAAAUCACUCGUCAUAAAAUUUGACCCUAACACUUAUAUUUCAUUGUAGCUCAUCACUUUUCUUCAUUUCC